AUGGCGCGUUUCCUCAUCGCCCUCCUCGCUGCCGCCCUAGUCGCGGUUCAGGCUGGAGGGCAGCUGGGCCACGCGGCGCCGGCGACGGCCGAGGUGUUCUGGCGCACCGUGCUGCCGCACUCGCCAUUGCCGGACGCCAUCCUCCGCCUCCUCCGCCCUGCAGCAGACACCAGCAGCUUCGUGAGCAAGGCCGAGGAGCGGCCCCCCUUCGACUACCAAGACUACAGGCGCUCGUCGUCCGGUGAUGGCUCCAGCAAACGCACCGGCGCUGCUGCCCGAGCAGGUGAUUUCGACUACGACGACUACCGCGGCGGAGGCGAACGCCGUGUCGCCGCCGCCGACACCCCAUUCGGGUACGACUACAAGGCGCCGAGCACAAACCAAGCAGGGGAACGACUUGCUGGCGCCGCUGCUGACACGCCUUUCGGGUACGACUACAAGGCGCCGAGCACGGCUAUGGGUGGCGGCCAGGCGGAACCGACGAAGACGAAGGUAUUCUUCCACGAGGAGUCCGUGCGCGUCGGGGAGCGUCUCCCGUUCCACUUCCCUCCCGCCUCGGCCCCCGCGCUGGGCUUCCUGCCACGCCGCGUCGCCGACUCCGUCCCGUUCAUGGCGCCCGCUCUACCAGGCGUCCUCGCGGCUUUCGGUGUCGCGCCGGGGUCCACCAUGGCAUCCAGCAUGGAGGCGACGCUGCGCGCCUGCGAGACGCCGACAAUGGCUGGGGAGUCCAAGUUCUGCGCGACGUCUCUGGAGGCGCUGGUGGAGCGCGCCAUGGGAGUCCUGGGGACACGCGACGUAAGGCCGGUGACGUCGACGCUGCCCCGCGACGGCGCGCCGCUGCAGACGUACACCGUCCGCGCCGUGCAGCGGGUGGAGGGCGGCCCGGUCUUCGUGGCGUGCCACCCAGAGCCUUUCCCGUACACCGUGUACCGCUGCCACACCACCGGCCCGUCCAGGGCGUACAUGGUGGAGAUGGAGGGCGCGCGCGGCGCCGUCGACGGGGUGACCAUCGCCACCGUGUGCCACACCGACACGUCAAUGUGGAACCCGGAGCACAUCUCCUUCAGGCUCCUCGGCACCAAGCCCGGCGGCACACCGGUCUGCCACCUCAUGCCCUACGGCCACAUCAUCUGGGCCAAGAACGUGAAACGCUGGACGGCGUGA